AUGCAAGACUCUAAGAGAGGUCUAUUACCGUUUCCUCAUGGAACACAUCUAUCAAAAGAUAUGUGUCCAAAGACUGAUGAGGAACGACAACGAAUAUGUGAGGUGUCAUAUGCUUCGGCAGUAGGUAGUCUCAUGUAUGUCAUGUUAUGUACACGACCAGACAUUGCUUUUGCAGUUAGUGUAGUAAGCAAAUAUCAGUCAAAUUCUGGAGAAAGACACUGGACAACAGUAAAAGCCAUCCUGAAGUAUUUGAGAAGAACCAAGGAGUUGAUACUAGGUUAUGGGGGUUCAGAGUUGACGCUCAAAGGAUACUCAGAUUCUGAUUUUCAGUCGGAUGUAGACGAUAGAAAGUCUACGUCUGCAUUUAUUUUUGUUUGUAAUGGAGGUGUAGUUAGUUGGAAAAGUGCUAAACAAUCAACUACUGCAGACUCUACUACAGAAGCUGAGUAUAUUGCCGCUUCAGAAGCUGCAAAAUAG